CUGGUGAAUCGUGUUUGGAGGAGUUUUCCAUUUUUUGUUUUUGUGCGUUCUCGUUUCCAUUUUCUAGUGCGUUUCAGCAAUAAACCAGCAUUUUCCAGCAUGAACGGCCGGUGGGAAUGUUAGAACGUGGCGCACUAUCGAGGCACGACCUAGAGCAUCAUGAAUCUGCAGUCCUUGUUCCAAGAUUUUAAUCCCAGUAAGUUUGUGGUUCAUUGCUGUCUGCUCAGCUUCACGAUACUAUUUUGCCUUCGUUUGGACGAUUAUAUUGAUUGGCCGUAUUGGGUCGUGUUUGUGCCACUAUGGAUUUGGAAAUCGAUCGCUACGUUGGGUGCAAUCGUGGGAGCCAUCGUAUGGUGUCGAUAUCCGCACUACCGGGUCGAAGGCGAUUCCUACUCCCACUUCAAGGCGAUGCUCAUAUCGCUAUCGUUGCACCUGAUUCUGCUGAUGUUUGAGCUGCUGGCAUGCGAUCGACUUACAUCAGGACGGCAUCUAUGGGUUUUGGUGUUUAUUCCACUCAUAUUCGGCAGUGCAGCUAGUGUGGGGGCAUGCGUGUGGGCCGUGAAGCACGAUCGGUCGUUCGAACUGGAGCUGUUCUGUGCGGUGAAUGCGCUGCAGUUUGUGUUUUUGCCCUUGAAAUUAGACGGGCUAGUAUCUUGGAGCUGGGAGGUCGUGUUCGUGCCACUAUGGAUAGUACUGUGCCUCAGCCUGGUGGCCGUGCUGUACAGUAUCAUCUUCUGCGUUAUUCUGCUGCGCACUCCGGAGGUGUCGGCGCAACAAAAGAAAUCCUCAUUCUACUCCGCCAUCGGAAACUGUGCCACCGUCAUUCCCGUGCUUAUAUUCCAGGUGCUGUUAGCCGAUAAGCUGGAUGAGGAUCUUGAUUGGCCCUACAUAGCCGUUGCUGGGCCUCUACUCCUUGCACUGUCUACCCUGAUCCUGCUCAGCUUCAAUGCCAAGGGCGGCAACAAGUGGUGGUUCGGUAUACGGAAAAACUUCAGCCAGUUUCUGCUCGGCGUGCUGCCCUGUCUGCAGGAAUACGGCAACAUAUCAUAUCACACCGAGAGCGGACAAACUGUCCCGCUCGACAGUGCACACGUGCAGUUGGAUGAGUUUGAGAAGUUCGAUAAGCGGAGCAAAAAGGCGCUUACGAAGAAGAACGAUCAUCUUAAACCCGUGGUACCGAUCGUUAGCAUAGAGCUACCGGAUUAACAGGCGUACAUUGGGAUCGGUCGUUUGGUAGAUUUGUUUCGAUUAGGUAUGUUCAAUGGUCGCGGAAGGUUAAUGGAAACUGUUUCUCGCUUAACAAAACUAACCCACAAGUUUGGAUUACGAAGAGCGUGUUACUCCCGGCAAAGAUUGUUAAUAUUAGUUUUGAAUUAUCCGUUAGGACAUCGUUGUGUAGCGAACAAAACCUCUCAGCGCUAGAUGAGGUGAAGAUGACAAUAUUUGAAUUUAUGAGUUAGCUGGAGACUUUAUAAAUUUAUAGAAAUCUUACAGUUAUAUAUGUAGGCGUAGGGUACGUUGGAGGCACUGGGCAACUGACCAAACACAGAAUAUGUGCGAAACCCAUAAAUAUCAUUUGGUUAAAUUUAGGCUGAGUGCUUGUUGUGAUCGGAUAGAAUCGGAGCGUGCCGCUUAAUGGAAUUAACGUGAAUUCGUCGUCGCUCUGUUGUAAAUAAGAAUUUGUCGGAAAUAAGAAUACCUCGGAACACGAGAAACCUGGAAACCGUCGACUCGACUACUG